AUGGCGCCCGUGUAUCGGGUCCUGACAGAAGACAACAGCUCAGAGCCGCUCAGGUUGGUGGGAGGAGCCAGUCGCUGUGUUGGGACUGUGGAGGUGAAACACAGAGGAGAGUGGAGACGACUGAAUCCUUUUGGACCCUGGGACCAGGAGCACACAGCUUUUGUGUGCAGAGACCUGGAUUGUGGUUCUGCUGUUUAUGGUGAAGAGAGAGAUGAUUUUCCACAGAGUCGUGUGUGGGACGUCUCAUCUAACUGUGUGUUGACGUCUUCAGUGAGAGAAUGUGUCUGGGGUUCAUCCUCUUCCUCUCCCUGGGGUGUGAAGGUGAAGUGUUCAGAGUCGGUGCGGUUGGUCUCGGGGUCCGGUCUGUGUUCAGGAUCAGUGCAGAUCUGGGACGGGUCCUGGACCGGGGUCUGUGACGGGGACUUGGACCAGCGGGGGGCAGAGGUGCUGUGCAGGGAGCUGGACUGUGGGGCUCCUUCUCUCCUCCAGGGGGCGCUCUCUCCUCUGGGGCAGACGUUCCACUGUGAGGGACAUGAGUCUGCUCUGAUGGACUGUCCCCGCUCCAACUCAAGCACCUGCUCCUCUGGAGCCACUGUCAACCUCACCUGCUCAGAGCUCAGGUUGAUGGGAGGAGCCAGUCGCUGUGUUGGGACUGUGGAGGUGAAACACAGAGGAGAGUGGAGACGAGUGGACUCCUCUGGACACUGGGACCAGGAGCACACAGUUGGUGUGUGCAGAGACCUGGACUGUGGUUCUGCUGUUUAUGGAGAACAGAGAGAUGAUUUUUCACAAAGUCGUGUGUGGAAGGUCUCAUCUGACUGUGUGAAGACGUCUUCAGUGAGAGAAUGUGUCUCUGGUUCUUACUCCUCUUCCUGGGGUCUGGAGGUGAAAUGUUCAGAGUCAGACUCAGUCCUGAUCAUCGGAGUCGUGGUGAUUCUUCUGUUGCUCCUUUGCAUCCUCCCACUGUCCUACUGCUACUGCAAGGUCCGGGCCAGAAGGGGCGCCAGAGAGAGGACCUCAGAGGACCUGGAGAUAGACCUGAUCAGAUCCACCUGAGACGUGGACUUAGACCGGGUCGGGUGUGAGUCCUGGACUUAGACCGGGUCGGGUGUGAGUCCCGGACUUAGACCGGGUCGGGUGUGAGUCCCGGACUUAGACCGGGUCGGGCGUGAGUCCCGGACUUAGACCGGGUCGGGCGUGAGUCCCGGACUCGGACCGGGUCGGGCGUGAGUCCCGGACUCGGACCGGGUCGGGUGUGAGUCCUGGACUUGGACC